UGUCUCUUGCUCUCCCCGUUUCUCCGUCCACUCCCAACUCCAAUUUAAUACUUCAAAAGCAACGCAGCUUCUCAUCUACACUUUCAAACUCAAAACGAACGCUCUCUCUCUCUCUCUCUCUUCUCUUUCUCUCUCUAGUGCGUCCUCGAUCUCGCCGGCGGAGUGGGUUUUCGUUCGUCAGUCGGCGGUGAGCUGUGGGAUCCAGGUUGAUCUGACGCUGACGCCAUUGCCGCCGCCGCCGCCCGCCGGGUCCGAUUCAGCGAGCGUCAGGUGAGAAGAUGGAUAACUUGAUCUCGCUCGUGAACAAGAUACAGAGAGCUUGCACGGCUCUCGGCGACCACGGCGACACCAGCGCCCUGCCCACCCUCUGGGACUCUCUCCCCUCCAUCGCCGUCGUCGGUGGCCAGAGUUCAGGAAAGUCGUCGGUGCUGGAGAGCGUUGUUGGCAAGGACUUCUUACCUCGUGGCUCUGGUAUUGUUACUAGACGUCCUCUUGUCUUGCAGCUUCACAAGCUUGAAGAAGGAAGCAGAGAAUAUGCGGAAUUCCUUCACCUUCCACGAAAGAGAUUCACUGACUUUGGUGCUGUGAGAAAGGAGAUCGCAGAUGAAACUGAUCGAGAGACUGGUAAAACAAAGCAAAUUUCAAGUGUUCCAAUCCAUCUUAGUAUAUAUUCACCUAAUGUUGUCAACUUGACUUUGAUUGAUCUUCCUGGGCUCACAAAGGUUGCUGUUGAGGGCCAACCGGACAGCAUUGUACAAGAAAUUGAGAACAUGGUCCGCUCAUACAUCGAGAAGCCUAAUUGUUUAAUUCUUGCAAUUUCACCUGCAAAUCAAGAUCUUGCUACAUCUGAUGCAAUUAAGAUCUCUCGUGAAGUAGAUCCUACAGGGGAGAGGACAUAUGGAGUCUUGACAAAGAUCGAUCUAAUGGAUAAGGGAACAGACGCUGUUGAUAUAUUGGAAGGGAAAGCAUAUCGGCUUAAGUUCCCUUGGAUUGGGGUAGUAAAUCGAUCCCAAGCUGAUAUUAACAAGAAUGUCGACAUGAUUGCUGCUCGCCGCAGAGAGCGUGAAUAUUUCUCUAGUACUCCUGAAUACAAGCAUCUUGCGCACAGAAUGGGUUCAGAGCAUUUAGCAAAGAUGCUUUCGAAGCAAUUGGAGAACGUAAUCAAGGCCAAAAUACCAGGCAUCCAGUCCCUUAUUAACAAAACAAUUCUUGAGCUUGAGACUGAGUUGAGUCGUCUGGGCAAGCCUAUAGCUGCAGAUGCAGGAGGAAAGUUGUAUUCAAUCAUGGAGAUAUGUCGUCUUUUUGAUCAAAUUUACAAGGAGCAUCUAGAUGGCGUGUAUGUAUACAAGUUCAUUCUUCUUGUCCAAACCACCUCCUUAUUAUACAUAUAUGUUAUGAAGGCAGUAAGAGUUGAUAUUAUUUUCGAGUGCAGGCGUCCAGGAGGUGACAAGAUUUAUAAUGUUUUCGAUAAUCAGCUUCCUGCUGCUCUUAAGAGGCUGCAAUUUGACAAACAACUUUCCAUGGAAAAUAUUAAGAAGCUCAUUACAGAAGCUGAUGGAUACCAACCUCAUUUAAUAGCUCCUGAACAAGGAUAUCGCCGUCUGAUCGAAUCUUCUUUAAUAACUAUUAGAGGUCCUGCUGAGGCUGCUGUUGAUGCGGUUCAUGCUCUACUGAAGGACCUAGUGCACAAGGCUAUUAGUGAAACACUGGAGCUAAAGCAGUAUCCUGGUCUCAGAGUGGAAGUCACUAACGCUGCUUGUGAAUCACUCGAGAGAAUGAGGGAAGAGAGCAAGAAAGCGACACUUAAGCUGGUCGACAUGGAAUGUGGUUACCUGACAGUUGACUAUUUCCGGAAGCUCCCUCAAGAUGUCGAGAAGGGCGGCAACCCAUCACAUUCACUAUUCGACAGAUACAACGAGUCGUAUCUCAGGCGGAUAGGAUCGACGGUUCUGUCCUACGUCAAUAUGGUCUGCGCCAGCCUGCGCCACUCCAUUCCUAAAUCCAUCGUGCAUGGCCAAGUGAGGGAGGCCAAACGAAGCCUUCUUGAUCGUUUCUUCACUGAACUUGGUUCAAUGGAGCAAAAGCGUCUAUCAUCGUUAUUGAAUGAGGAUCCGGCAGUCAUGGAGCGACGUACUGCCCUUUCACAGAGACUUGAGUUGUACAGGAGCGCUCAAACCGAAAUCGACACAGUUGCUUGGUCUAAGUAAAAUCCAGUGUUGUUCACUUCUAAAGCUUCUCUUUUCGCUCAAGUAAUUUAGUAUGGGAUCUGUUCUGCUUGUCGUCGCGGCCAGUCACAUUGAUGGGGAUAUUGGUGAAGCAUGAGCACCCGGUUGAUGCGGCAGUGUCUGGUGCUGAAGACAAUCUUUUUUCCACACUGAAUGACGAUAUACAUGUAUCAGUUUCCUUCCGUCUGUAAUGCGUGCAAUGAUACGUCAAUCUGUAUCGUACGAAAGACUGAAUUGUUCGAUUAUUCUAAGGUCAUUAGUAGGUGAA